GCGCGCGCACCCAGCCGCAGUCCCUUCGCGACGCACCUCGCGACAACAUGUCCCCUCUGUGGAUCUUGCUAACAUUGCUCCCCGUCCUGGGGAGCGCCGAAAGGUUCAACUGCAAAGGCAGAAUCUUAGGCGCAUACUACGCGGACGCUAAAUCCGGCUGCAAGGCUUUCCACGUGUGCGUGAGGGUCGCAGGCGGAGGCAUCCGAGACUUCAGGUUCUUCUGUCCCCCGGGCACGCUGUUCCACCAGGAAGCACAGACCUGCACGGAUUGGGGAGACGACGACCCGCUGGCCUGUCCUGCCGAUAUCUACGACGGUCAGUUCGAUCUCUACAGGAUCGGAUCCGGAUUUGACACCAAGAAGUUGUCGUCUUAUGGAAAUCGCGAUGAUGAAGCUGAAUUCGGUCUCCAGCGAGCCGAGACCGGAGACCGUCGGUUAUCUCAGAACAAUGUCGCGCCGAACCGACCCGACUACGACCUCCGCGCUGCGCACUCCUCGGACUUCUUCAGUGGACAACGUGACCGUGGCCGUGAUGAGCAAUCCUCCGUCGCAUCCUCUCCCGCCCCUGUGUCGUCCCAACAGCCUUAUCAACGCCAAUCCUUCCGAAGACCCACCACCCAACGCACUUAUCCUACUACGCAACGCACAUUCCCUCCUACACAGUACACGACCCCCGCCCCGUCCCCACCCUCUCAGCAGCCCGCCAUCCCGCUCCAACAGUAUGAUGCACACUCUAAACGCAAGCUGGUUAGGAAACGCCCUAUCUAUGUGUCCACACAGGCACCUCCCACCACCUUCCCACCGAACACUGCCCCACAACAACAGUAUUCUGAGCCUCCCCAACAAAACUUUAACCGCCGUUUUAACUCUCAAAAUAGGCAAACGAUCACCCCACCUCCCAACGUACCUCCGCAAUACAAACAAUUCAAGGAUGAAUACGUUGAAGUUCCCCGAGUCACUCCUAAGCAAAGUAACAGAUUUUACCCCAGUAGCGCACCUUCCACUUACUCACAGUCCCAGUCCACCGCCGCUCCACGGUUUAAUAAGAAGGAUGGUCUCGUAGAGUUAUAUAAUUAUGACGCCCAGUCAACUCCAGGACUUAAUGUUCAGAACGAGAAUCGACCCUUCAAAGUUAGAAAUAGUUUCAACGUAGCUGAUGUUCCUAGAGACCCCGAAUUCGCGCGUGCCAAGAACUUCAAUAAUUACAAUAAUAGAGUAGAAAACAACAGAGACAAUGUAAGAGAAACGCCAACAACUAUUGACUACAGCGUUUCUGCAAGAACUUUCCCCACGACCACGCCAGCUUAUAAAAACUUUAAUAGUGUCUCUUAUGAACCUGAAAAGAACAACUUUGUGCCUUACUCGAAACAAGCCUAUUACAAUAAUCCCUCGACCACUGUUGCUCCGACCACGACCUACUCGACUGCACGCCCCGAACCUCCGCUCAACUUGAACACGGUAGCGUAUAACACUAACCUCGCCUUUAACACUCAAUCUGCCAACUUUGCUGAAGAUGACGAUGAAGAUGACGGCCAAUAUCAUCCUCCUCAGGGCGAAGACGAUGGGCAGUACCGCCCCGAGUUAUACGACCGCGAACUCCUGGCUGGUGCUCAUUCCCUCAAUAUUGCUGCGAGUGGCAACAGGCUACCCGAAGAUCGCAAGAAAUUUGGCAAAACGCAACCUCCUCCUAAACCAUCGGCUCAGACUGCAGCUCCAAGGCCAUUCAGGCCUGCACCUUCGCCUACAGCACCACCGACCACAAGAGCACCCGAAGUAAUCUACACGACAACGCCUCAACCGCAGACAGUGAACACUCAACGUACUUUUGAUUAUUUCCAAACCUACACAACCACAUCUCGGCCGGCUGACUAUCAACCAUUGAACCAGAACUAUGCACCCGCUAAUGAGGUAUCUGUUGGGCCGACAACGACUGUUGCUCCCCGAGUGCCGGAGACCCGGCCCCCUCGUCCUCCGAGCCGCGUGGCUGUGCCGCCGACGCCGCCGUCGACUCCUGCGCCGCGACCCACCACCCGCGCCCCGCACUUCGCGAACCCUCCUCACAACAAAGAAGACAACAGUUAUGAUUACGCGUACUACGACUCCGAUCCAGGUUUCGCAGAAUAUGACCAUAUAGAAGAAUUUGGUAAAACUAAAACAAGAGCGUAAUAAAUAUUGUGUAUUUUUAAAUCACUGCCAUUAAAUUAGUCGCCUCUUUAGAUCAACUCCUAAGUAGAAGUUUUUUGAUGUUUGAAUUCAAUGAUGACCUUAUUGAGUGGAAAAGGUUUUGUCUAGUUUAUAUGCAGGGAUAUAGGUUUAAGACUGCUUAAUCGUAAAUGCUUAAAACGGCAGCAGCAAAGUACAACUUUUGUAAAUAAAACUUGAAGAUAAUAUUUAUUAGGAGGAUCCCAGAUUUGUCAUACCACUUAAAUGUAACAAAUGCAGUUCUAUUUAUAUCUAAAGAGGCUUACCAGUAGUUACCCUAAAUUAUUUGUGAUAUUAUUAUUGAUGUUUCUAUUGGCAUAGUCGUUUGUUACUGUAUAAGUAUUUACAAACAAUCGAUUAUGGAUUUGGGCAAGUAGAAGUUGUACUGUCACUUGCCAGCAUUGGUGUUUACUGAUAUAGAUUUACGUUUAUCUACGUAUGUACAAUAGAAAGUAAGUUAUGACGAUAGAUUGUAAAAUAUUUCAUUGUAAAUAAAGUUUUCUUGAUAAA